AUGGGAUGUGGCAUGGGAAAAACAGAACGACGGAUGAAGAAAUGUGACAGAGGGAGCAUCUCAGUACCAGCUGCCACUGCAAUCAGAGCGGCUCUGCUGAUCCAGCGCUGGUACCGUCAGUAUGUUGCUCGGCUGGAGAUGAAACGGAGGUACACGUGGAACAUCUUCCAGUCUAUUGAAUAUGCAGGAGAACAAGACCAGAUCAAGCUCUACAAUUUUUUUGGCUUCUUGAUGGACCACUUCACUCCAGCCAGUAGCGAAAGAAACCUAAUAUCUCACAUCUUUCGUGAGAAUGAAAUCUGUCGUGACGCCGAAUGGGAGAGGUAUUUUUGCUACGAGAGUAUCGAGGUGCCUGACAGCUACACAGGCCCACAUCUGACCUUCCCCAUGACCUUCUGCGGGGUGUCGAAGCUGGUGGAGGCCUUCAAACACAAACACUCGCAGCUCCAUGCUCGGUAUGUUCUGCAGAUUCUUGGAGAGACUUGGAGACUUUUAAGGAUCCUUCCAAAUAUUAAUCAUGUCACCACCUGCCAUACCAAGGAGAUUACCAUAUGUGGAGAUUUACAUGGGCAACUUGAAGAUCUGCUGUUGAUAUUCUACAAGAAUGGUUUGCCGUCUUCUGAGAAACCGUAUGUCUUCAAUGGAGACUUUGUGGAUCGUGGCAAAAACUCCUUAGAGAUACUGCUCAUCCUGUUUGGGUUCCUGCUGGUCUAUCCCAAUGAUGUCCAUCUCAACAGAGGGAACCACGAGGACCACAUAGUAAACCUGAGAUACGGUUUCACUAAAGAAGUUCUGGGAAAAUACAGGUUGCAUGGCAAAAAGAUCCUAAAGCUUCUCCAGAAGAUCUUCAGCUGUCUUCCCCUGGCCACAGUGAUCGAUCACAAGGUGCUGAUUGUUCAUGGAGGGAUUUCUGACACGACAGACCUCAACAUAAUAUCCAGAAUGGAGAGACACAAAUAUGUGUCGGCCCUCAGGCCUCCUAAGCAGAGCCGUAAGACAGACGAUGACAAGGAGUCUGAUGGAGCGCCGGAAGGCCGGCGUCGAGUGUUUUCUCUGACUCACCAGGGCUCAGCCAGGUACGACUUCCCACGCCGCUCGCUCCACAAUGUGCCCCUGAACAAUCAACUCAACUGGACAGUGGAGAAGGAGCUGAAGAAGAGGCGCAAACUGGCUGGCUUUGACCAGUCGUACAAAGAGCUGAAGAAGUUGGACUCCGACUCUGACCCCGAGUCUGGAGAAGUGACGGAGACAGAUGAGCAUGAGUGGAAACAAAUAGUGGAUAUCUUGUGGAGUGACCCCACACCCCAAAACGGCUGCAUUCUCAAUGAGGUGCGAGGUGGAGGCUGCUACUGGGGGCCAGAUGUCACAGAGGAAGUGCUGGGAAGACACAAUCUCCAGCUCCUCAUCCGCUCCCAUGAGUGCAAACAGGACGGCUACGAAUUCUGCCACAAUCGCAAGGUGCUGACUAUAUUUUCAGCGUCUAACUACUAUGAGGUGGGCAGCAACAGAGGAGCCUACAUCAGAAUGGGCCCUGAUCUGGUCCCUCACUUCAUUCAGUAUCAGGCCAGCAAAAAGACAUGCAGGGAGCUCACCCUGAGGCAAAGUGUUGGCUGGACAGAGAGAUCCGCUCUGCAAGCUCUGAGGGAACAACUGUUUGUACAUAAGUCAGAUCUCAUCAGUGCCUUCCAGGAGUUUGAUCCCAACAACACAGGGAUGAUCUCUCUAAGUAACUGGGCCACUGCCACAGAGAAGGUACUGAAUCUGGGUCUGCCCUGGAGGGUGCUGCGUCCACAGCUCGUCAGCUGCACCCAGAGCGGUAUGGUGGAUUACCAGCAGUCGAUAAGGGAGUUAUCUAUCACCCAGCCAAAACUAGAGAUCUCAGACACCAGUAUCCUUGAGACCAUGUACAAAAAUCACUCCAACCUGGAAACCAUCUUCCGUAUCAUAGACACAGAUCACUCAGGUCUGAUCUCCUUCGAGGAGUUCCGUCAAACCUGGAAACUCCUGAGCACGCAUCUUAAGACAGAGAUUAGUGACGAUGCCAUCGCAGACCUGGCCCAGAGCAUCGACUUCAACAAAGACGGAAGCAUCGACAUCAAUGAGUUCAUGGAGGCUUUCCGUCUGGUGGACCUCUCCGCACACAUGUAGACCUGGAGCAGCGGCGCGUUAGAGGUCUCUGCUCAUCUGCUGCAUAGAAAACACCAAGCACCAUCUUGGGUAGAUCUGUUCA